UCCGACCACAACGACGACGGCGACGACCUUGACGGCAGCCAGCAGAUUCCAUCGCCAACAUUUACUACACUCACAUACUAAUACCUACGCUAUGUCUUCUGUAAUUGACAGCCCCCCUCGUGCUCUUCCGGUCAAGUACAAGACGCCCCUCGGUACGCGUUGGGAAAAAGAGAAAGCCGCUGCUGGUCAGGGCGCGUUCGACUACCCCGACGACGCCAAGUUUGUCGGACCCUGGAUUAUUGGCGAGUGUGUCGGCAAAGGCGCGUCCGGCCAUGUCAAGAUCGCUCGGCAUCGCCGCACUGGCCAGCUUGCCGCGAUCAAGAUCCUCCCCCUCCAACCGUUCGUCACCAGUCGCAACGCGCAGGCGCAAGCCAAGUCGGAGAAACAGCGCAUGGGUGUUGACCGCGAGAUCACGAUGAUGAAGCUCAUGAACCACCCGAACAUCAUGCGCAUCUAUGACGUCUAUGAGGGUGACAAGGAGCUCUACCUCAUCCUCGAAUACGUCGAGGGCGGCGAACUUUUCGACUUCUUGGUCAACCGCGGCAAGCUAGCUCCCCUUGAGGCGCUCGGAUAUUUUAAACAAAUUGUCUACGGUCUGAACUACGCGCAUACGUUCUCUAUCAUCCACCGCGACUUGAAGCCUGAGAACAUCUUGAUUCACUCCAUGGACCCUCCACUUAUCAAGAUUGCCGACUGGGGCAUGGCUGCUUUCGCCCCUCCGUCUCUGCAACUCGAAACUAGCUGCGGCAGCCCUCACUACGCCAGCCCAGAGAUUGUCAACGGACACCGCUACACUGGCACUGCGACCGACAUCUGGAGUUGUGGCGUCAUUCUAUAUGCUCUUCUGACAGGCCGACUUCCUUUCGACGACAAGAACGUUCGCACACUUCUGGGCAAGGUCAAGCUCGGGAAGUACGAGAUGCCAACCCACAUCGACCCGCUUGCCAAGGACUUGCUCUCGCGUAUGCUGGUCGUCGACUGCAAGAAGCGAGCCACGAUGGCAGAAGUCCUGGAGCACCCCUGGCUUCAAGGCGUUACUCCAGGGAUCACCUACGUACCUGCCCCACCCGUCUCUGAGCUGGCCAAACCUCUGCCUUCUGCUCGACAUAUCGAUCGUGACUUGUUUCAUUCUUUAUGCGUUAUCUGGGGUCGCCAUGCGGAUCAGGAACAGAUCAAGGCCGACCUGCUCAGCCCUGCCGGCGAAGGUAUUUUGGCUAAGGCGUUCUAUUUCUUGCUUCAGAAGCAUCGCGAACGAACUAUGGAGGAACACGGCAUCCUGAUGGACGACAUCCUGAAGUCACCUGGGAAAGUCGUCAUAAAGCAGUACUCGGCUCCCAAAUAUCGCAGGGGCGAGUCGGAGAUGACUGUGCCAACGAUGUCCAUGUUCCCUACGGCCUCUACGAUCUCAGAACCUGGUUCGUCUGCCUGUCGCUCGCCUCCUCCGAUCCGUCCGAUUCAGAUUCCUGGCCUACCCCAUAUGGAGAAGACCUCCCGAGACCAUCCUCCGUCACCGGUCGGUCCUCGCCCUCAGCGUCCUCGACCUACGUCCUCCCCUGUUGGUGACAGUCGUGAUAUUGUCGCGUCUCCUGGUCCCCGCGCCUACGCUUCGGAUGCUCGCUCACGCAUGCACUCUGCUGGUUCUCCAACGCCUAUACGAAAGGUUCAACUCUCUGAGAUGCUUGCCAGUCUACCACAACAUUCUCAGCCGCUUCAGACUCGCUAUCCUGGUUAUGCUGGAACUUCUCGUCCGCCUUCGGUUCUUCCGCCUGUCACUUCUGGUCAAUCUGCCCGGGGCUCUUCGUCUGCGGCUCCUGGCUUUGUGCACGCCCCUGCUCCUGUCCCCGCUUUGGAACCGAAGAUUCUGCCUAUGAUCACUGCGCCGAAGGUUGCCAAUGCUGAGCUUCAGAAGGCAAUUGAUCAAUAUGCGAACAUUGUCAACGAGCACGUGCAAACCUGGAACACCGCACACUCUCAGCGCGUUUCUGGGCAAUCGGUGGCAACCUCUGCUGAUACUGAUGUCCAACCCUGGGACGGACACGUCCGAGUUCGCAGUUCUCGUCCAAGCGAUGGAGCGCAGAAGGACUUAUUCGCCCGGUUCGAGGAGCUCAAGGAGAACAAGGAGAACAUUGAAGAGGUUAACGUGACGCAGAAAGUCCCCCAAGGCACUGUUCCUAGGAAUCAAAGCGGUCUCGGGUUUGACUCUUCAGUUCCCAUGCCAAGUGUUCCUCUUGGGAAAGAAAUGGCGAACCUUCUCGUGCUCGGUGGAGCAGAGAAGAAGGAGAAGAAACAUCGCUCUUCUGGUGUCGAUAUUGGCUCACCUAGCCUCCAGAAGCGCGGGACGUUCUCCUCCAUGCUUGGCUCUCCGACCCCUAUGUCACCCCCGCCGUCGACAGUCCUUGGCUCUCCUGCCGUUGGCGAAUUCAAGGGCUGGUUCUCGAACCUGUUCCACUGGAAGGUACAGUCUUACCUGCUGUACUCGUCUGACGACGUCGCGACAAGCCGGAACGAGGUCCGGCAGCUGCUCCAAGGGCUUGGCAUCUCGGUGCUCGAAGACUACCAGUGGGGUAUCUUCAAGUGCCGCGCGGAGGACGUCUACGAGCAUGAGACCCUCGUGCAGAAGGCGACGCGCUUCCGAGUCGAGGUGCACAACACGGCGGGGUAUGCGCAUGGCGUAGUCGCAACGCCGCGGCUCUCGCAUAACGCGAUGUCGCCGCAGAUGUCGGCGGCGCGCAGCCGUCCGUUCCUCGAGCGGCCGCACGGGUGUGACACGGUCAUCGCGCUCGUGCUCGAGAAGGGCUCGGUCACGACUUUCAAGGCUGUGUAUCAGCGUGUCAAGGCGGACUGGCGGCUCGAUGCACUGCAAAGCCCGAGGGCGUCGAUCGUUGGGGGCAGUGGAACGCCAAGCAUCGAUCAGCGGCUUAUGGCAACACUUCUGUGCGACCAUUACUACGUGUCAUUCGUUUCAGUAUAG